CUUGGCAGGGGAGUUAUUUGACGCCACCGCCCCUGGCAGUCGGAAGCUGCCUGAGCAGAGCCCAGCCGGCUGGCCCGACUGGCCUUCGUCGUCCCUUGGCGCCCUGGGAGAGUCGCUGACGGGUGGACUGACGGACCGUCUGAGGACGGCCGGCCAGGGCGGUGAAAGCGCCGGCCCUAUGGCACUGGUCGCGUGAGGCGGAAGGCCGAGUACGGCCGGCGGCGGCGCCCGCCCCGGCGAUGCGGGCCCCGCCCGUCGCCUCAGGUGCCAUUUGGAUUGUACUUUAGUGGCACGAUGUACUCUGAGUGGAGGUCACUGCAUUUGGUGAUUCAGAAUGAUCAAGGCCAUACCAGUGUGCUGCACAGCUAUCCAGAGAGUGUUGGACGAGAGGUGGCAAAUGCUGUAGUCCGUCCUCUUGGGCAGGUGUUAGGUACCCCUUCAGUGGCUGGUAGUGAGAGUUUGUUAAAAACUGACAAAGAAGUAAAAUGGACCAUGGAAGUAAUUUGCUAUGGACUGACCCUUCCAUUGGAUGGAGAGACUGUAAAAUAUUGCGUUGAUGUAUAUACAGACUGGAUUAUGGCUUUAGUGUUGCCGAAAGAUUCUAUUCCAUUGCCAGUUAUUAAAGAGCCUAAUCAGUAUGUUCAAAGUAUACUAAAACACCUACAAAAUCUUUUUGUACCAAGACAGGAACAGGGUUCCAGUCAGAUUCGACUAUGCUUACAGGUCCUGAGAGCCAUUCAGAAACUGGCCCGUGAGUCAUCUCUCAUGGCCCGAGAAACCUGGGAAGUCUUACUGUUGUUUCUUCUGCAGAUUAAUGACAUACUUCUGGCCCCACCAACUGUUCAAGGUGGCAUUGCUGAGAAUCUAGCAGAGAAGUUGAUUGGUGUUCUCUUUGAGGUGUGGUUACUAGCUUGUACUCGGUGCUUCCCAACACCUCCUUAUUGGAAAACAGCCAAGGAGAUGGUGGCUAACUGGAGGCAUCACCCAGCAGUGGUGGAGCAGUGGAGCAAGGUCAUUUGUGCGCUCACUUCCAGAUUGCUACGCUUUACAUAUGGGCCUUCAUUUCCUCCAUUUAAAGUUCCCGAUGAAGAUGCCAGUCUGAUCCCUCCAGAAAUGGAUAAUGAGUGUGUUGCACAGACAUGGUUUCGCUUUUUACACAUGCUAAGUAAUCCUGUGGAUUUGAGUAACCCAGCUAUUAUAAGCUCUACUCCCAAAUUUCAGGAACAGUUCUUGAAUGUGAGCGGAAUGCCACAAGAAUUGAAUCAGUAUCCCUGCCUUAAACAUCUGCCUCAAAUAUUUUUUCGUGCCAUGCGUGGAAUCAGCUGUCUGGUGGAUGCAUUCUUAGGUAUUUCUAGACCCCGAUCAGACAGUGCUCCCCCAACACCCGUGAAUAGAUUAAGUAUGCCUCAAAGUGCUGCUGUCAAUACCACCCCACCACAUAACCGGAGGCACCGGGCUGUUACUGUGAAUAAGGCCACCAUGAAGACAAGCACAGUUAGUACUGCUCAUGCCUCUAAAGUUCAGCACCAGACGUCUUCCACCUCUCCUCUGUCAAGUCCAAAUCAGACUAGUUCAGAACCCCGGCCACUGCCUGCCCCUCGGAGACCAAAGGUUAACAGCAUCUUGAAUCUCUUUGGAUCAUGGUUAUUUGAUGCAGCAUUUGUUCACUGUAAACUUCAUAAUGGGAUAAACAGAGACAGCAGCAUGACUGCCAUUACAACACAAGCUAGCAUGGAGUUUCGACGGAAAGGGUCACAAAUGUCCACAGACACCAUGGUUUCCAAUCCUAUGUUUGAUGCAAGUGAAUUUCCUGAUAACUAUGAAGCAGGAAGAGCUGAGGCUUGUGGGACACUGUGUAGGAUUUUUUGUAGCAAGAAGACUGGAGAAGAGAUUCUGCCAGCUUAUUUAUCCAGAUUUUACAUGCUUUUAAUUCAAGGUUUGCAGAUAAAUGAUUAUGUGUGCCAUCCUGUCUUGGCCAGCGUUAUUCUAAACUCUCCUCCUUUGUUCUGCUGUGACUUGAAAGGGAUUGAUGUUGUGGUUCCUUACUUUAUUUCAGCUCUUGAAACCAUUUUGCCUGACAGAGAGCUCUCAAAAUUCAAAAGCUAUGUAAAUCCAACAGAAUUGCGAAGAUCCUCCAUUAAUAUCCUACUUUCUUUGUUGCCCCUCCCUCAUCAUUUUGGCACAGUCAAAUCUGAGGUGGUCCUGGAAGGAAAGUUUAGUAACGAUGACAGCUCGUCUUAUGAUAAACCAAUAACUUUUCUGUCCCUGAAGUUGAGACUUGUGAAUAUAUUAAUAGGUGCCUUGCAAACAGAAACGGACCCCAACAACACCCAAAUGAUAUUAGGGGCAAUGUUAAAUAUUGUUCAAGAUUCAGCACUUUUGGAAGCCAUUGGUUGCCAGAUGGAGAUGGGUGGUGGAGAAAAUAACCUGAAGAGUCAUAGUCGCACCAAUAGUGGUAUUAGUUCAACAAGUGGUGGAAGCACGGAGCCCACGACUCCCGAUAGUGAGAGACCUGCUCAAGCUCUCUUAAGAGAUUAUGCUCUUAAUACAGAUUCAGCUGCUGGGCUCCUGAUUCGCAGCAUUCAUCUCGUCACCCAAAGACUCAACUCCCAGUGGCGCCAAGACAUGAGCAUAUCACUGGCAGCUUUAGAGCUCCUCUCUGGCCUUGCAAAGGUAAAGGUGAUGGUUGACUCAGGAGACCGGAAGCGAGCCAUCAGUUCGGUGUGCAGCUACAUUGUGUAUCAGUGUAGUCGGCCAGCUCCUUUUCACUCUAGGGAUCUGCACUCCAUGAUAGUGGCAGCUUUUCAGUGUCUCUGUGUUUGGCUGACAGAGCACCCUGAUAUGCUUGAUGAAAAGGACUGCCUUAAGGAAGUACUGGAGAUUGUGGAACUGGGUAUCUCAGGAAGUAAGUCCAGGAACAGCGAGCAAGAGGUCAAGUACAAAGGAGAUAAGGAGCCAAACCCUGCAUCUAUGAGGGUAAAGGAUGCUGCUGAAGCCACCCUAACAUGCAUUAUGCAGUUGCUCGGCGCAUUUCCUUCACCUAGUGGUCCUGCCUCUCCUUGUAGUCUUGUGAAUGAGACCACUUUGAUUAAAUACUCCAGGCUGCCAACCAUAAACAAGCAUAGUUUCCGGUACUUUGUCUUGGAUAACAGUGUCAUCCUGGCAAUGCUGGAACAACCUCUUGGAAAUGAGCAGAAUGAUUUUUUCCCCUCUGUCACUGUGCUGGUCCGGGGGAUGUCUGGAAGACUUGCUUGGGCACAACAGCUUUGUCUUUUACCCAGAGGAGCAAAAGCAAAUCAGAAGCUUUUUGUGCCUGAGCCUCGCCCAGUUCCUAAAAAUGAUGUUGGAUUUAAAUAUUCUGUGAAACACCGGCCAUUUCCUGAAGAGGUGGACAAGAUACCUUUUGUGAAAGCAGAUCUCAGCAUUCCAGAUUUGCAUGAAAUAGUCACUGAAGAAUUAGAAGAGAGACAUGAAAAAUUAAGGAGUGGCAUGGCCCAACAGAUUGCUUAUGAAAUACACCUUGAGCAACAGAGUGAGGAGGAAUUGCAGAAGAGAAGCUUUCCUGACCCAGUUACGGAUUGCAAGCCCCCGCCUCCUGCCCAGGAAUUCCAAACAGCCCGCCUUUUCCUCUCACACUUUGGAUUUUUGUCCUUAGAAGCAUUGAAGGAACCUGCAAAUAGUCGUCUACCUCCUCACCUUAUUGCACUUGAUUCCACAAUACCUGGAUUUUUUGAUGACAUUGGGUAUCUGGAUCUCUUGCCAUGUCGUCCUUUUGACACAGUUUUUAUUUUCUAUAUGAAGCCAGGUCAGAAAACGAACCAAGAGAUUUUGAAGAAUGUGGAGUCUUCCAGAACCGUUCAGCCACAUUUCCUAGAAUUUUUGCUUUCCCUUGGCUGGUCAGUAGAUGUGGGCAGACACCCUGGUUGGACUGGGCAUGUUUCUACCAGUUGGUCUAUUAAUUGUUGUGAUGAUGGUGAAGGAUCUCAACAAGAAGAAGUGAUUUCCUCUGAAGAUAUUGGAGCUAGCAUUUUCAAUGGACAGAAGAAGGUGCUGUAUUAUGCUGAUGCCUUUACAGAAAUUGCUUUUGUGGUUCCUUCUCCUGUGGAGUCCUUAACUGAUUCAUUGGAAAGUAACAUCUCGGACCAAGAUAGUGAUUCAAAUAUGGAUCUUAUGCCAGGAAUUCUGAAACAGCCAUCCCUGACACUUGAGCUUUUCCCCAAUCAUACAGACAAUCUUAAUUCCUCACAGAGGCUCAGUCCCAGUUCCAGAAUGAGGAAGCUGCCUCAGGGUCGCCCUGUUCCUCCCCUUGGACCUGAGACAAGAGUUUCUGUAGUCUGGGUGGAACGCUAUGAUGAUAUAGAAAACUUUCCCCUCUCAGAGCUGAUGACAGAGAUCAGUACUGGUGUGGAAACUACUGCAAAUAGUAGCACUUCACUAAGAUCUACGACUCUUGAAAAAGAAGUUCCUGUCAUCUUCAUCCACCCUUUAAACACUGGAUUAUUCCGGAUAAAAAUUCAAGGAGCCACUGGAAAAUUUAACAUGGUCAUCCCUCUUGUGGAUGGGAUGAUUGUCAGCAGGCGAGCUCUUGGCUUUCUGGUGAGGCAGACUGUAAUUAACAUUUGUAGAAGGAAGAGACUGGAGAGUGACUCCUACAGUCCACCCCAUGUCCGCCGGAAACAGAAAAUCACCGACAUUGUCAACAAGUACCGGAACAAACAGUUGGAGCCAGAGUUUUAUACUUCACUUUUCCAGGAGGUUGGACUCAAGAACUGCAGUUCUUAGACCCCUGAAUUUCUAAGACUGUGGAACUCCAGUUCGGGAACUGUAACACAGCAGAACAGUUUGAUAGAUGAUCACUGUAAAAAUAAAAACAAAUCACUCCCAAGAGCUUACUGUUUAAUCACCAGAAUAGAAGAAACACAUUAUAACCCAUUUGAUAGAAGACUUCGGGCUGUCUAGUGAAAUGGGCUCCCAGACACAAUCAUAUUCCUGCUGAUAAUGAUGAUACACAUUUUAGCCAUAAACUUUCUUUUAAAGGUGACAAUUUUAGUUAAACAUAAGCCUUUUGAGGAGAAAGGCUUUUAUGCAUCUCAGUUAAACACGUGCAUUGGUAGUAUCGACAAAUUUGCAAUAUAGAAGUUGAAGAUAGUUUUAUACCUCACUUUUUAGGAGGUUGUAUUCAAAAUUAAAAUCUUUCUCAGAAUCUUCCAGGACAUUUAAAGACUCAUGUUGACAGCAUGGAGGAGAAGGAAGGAAGUCACAGCCUUCUACUCACUUGUAGGUCUUCUUGUCAUCCAGCUGUCACACUGACAAAAAGAAAAGAUGAUACUUGUUUUUUGCUCAGAUAAGAAGCCUGACAUUAAAAUAUGUCUUAUUUUUUUCUCCACAUUUCAAAAAGUUUUCCUUUUCAUCACUGCAUAGAUCUGUCUGAAAGCCUCAGUUUCUGGGCCACCCAGGAACAGAUCAGAAAUGGAGCAUGGCCUUGUCCUUUAAUGGGGAUGCAAAUAAAGUUUGUGGGGUUAAAAGUUUUAAGAUAGCAGUGAUACCCCCACUCUCUCCAUUGUUGUCCAGCAGGGUGACAUAAUGACAGGUUAAACAUUUGUGAUUCGUUGAUUAAAUAUCAUUUAAAGAAAUGUAAAUUCACAAUAAGGGUUGAAAAUUAUUUGGUUUCAUCCAUUGUCUCUUAUUUCAGGACCAAGCAGCAAACUGCAGUAGUUUAUGAAGGAUUCUAAAAUGGGGUUCAGGAAUAGCCUCUCAGCGCUACUAAUUCAGAUCUCCCAGAGAACUACUGGAUUUCCUCAUAAUUAACAAACAUGAGUGACCACCUCUUUGGGUGGCUACUGUUAGCAAUGGCUGUUGUUGUCAUGUUUUCUGGACUUUGCCAGCCAACAGAUCCCUGCCAGGUUUUGGAAAUACUUCUGUUACCUCGCUGCUACUUUUCUGCAGGGAUAAAACUUUUGAGGUGGCCAGACCCAGAACAUCCUUACAAGGAUUCCUGUUACAGUGCUACAGUAUACACUGCUCAUUUAUCCUAUUCUCAUGUGCUUUCUUCUUUAGUAAGAUUAUUUUAUGUUAAGAACAUAAGUGAUAUUUAAAGUCCAAAGAGAAAUGAUCACAGUUGUGUAAGGGGUGUUUUCCCCCUUGAACUCUGAUGUCAGUAGACUAUGGGUCAGAGCUGCAACGAUCUGUUUGGUUUGAUGUUUUGGUGGGUUACUUAGGGGGCGGGGAUAGUGUGGGACCUAAUUCCCUGUGCAAAGGUCUCUUAUUCCAGAAAUAUGCAUUUUGCCAUCUAUAAGCAAGAAAUAUGGGCAUAGCAGCUCUUGGUUUAAAGUUUGCCAUAACCUGUUCUUCAUGUUUGUUUUAAGCUCAGGUAAAGAUAAUCUCUUUCUAUGACUCCAGUUUCCAUUCAGGUUAUAGUAUUAUUAUUCAAUAGUUGAUUUUCUUUUUAAGCUGGGCAAUAAAUUGAUGUUUUCCAGAUGGUAGCAUGGGAGAGGGCAUACAGGAUAAAGAUGAGCCAAUUCUACCCUAAAAAAUGUUCUAGUAGUUCACAGGAACAAGAUGAGGUUUAAUAACUUUCAAGGUAAUUCUAGAUUGACAUUUUGAGGGGAAAAUGGGCUCUUGUUCUAGUUGAAGUGAGCAGAGAAGGCUAUAAAUUAACAUGUAACUUACAACAUUUCAGAGGUUAAAAAUAACUGAUGUAGAUGUACUUAUUCAGUGUGAUUCUUCAGAUCAGACUUUUACCUUUGGCAUACUUAAUUUCAGAAAAAUAUGCUGUGUGUGUGUAUGAGGGUUGGACUUGCUGAGCCUUCAGUUAGCUCUAAUUUCUGGCAACUCCUUGUAAUUCCAAUGUAUUUGAUACGUGAACAAUGAUGUUGAAUGCAUUUGUUAUCUGGGAGACUCCCUGGUCUUCCAGGGAAGGAGGGAUGUGCAGCCCCUGAAGGCAUGAAACUCCCAGUGUAUACGGAGCCAGUGGACUAUGGGAUACCCAUACUGUACCUUACCAGGCGCUGGUUCCUUCAGCUCAAAAUAACAUCUGCCCAAAGAGGGAGUGCUAAGAACCCUUAGCUCGUCAGUGGGACCCGGCUGGCUCCUGGAGGGGGUCUGUGACUUGAGGUAUAUGAACACCGAUGCCAGGGGUAAUUUUUGUCCCAUCUGUAUGGAUCUGAGUUCAUGGUCACUGUGUUCACCCACCUGCCUGUGUUAAAAAUCACUGAGUAGAAUAGCACCAGAGGAACAUAUUUAGCACCUAAUACUAAUAUUUUGUACUCCAUUUGAUAAAUUUGCCAGCAUAUGUUCUAGCCUCUGGGGGAAAGCCAGGACCACUUUUGUCUGUGGCUGAAACAGUUCAGUUGCUGUAUCUGUUGGGUGUGCCAGGGGGUGGAUGAGUGUGGCAUUCUGUGAAGAGGAAGGUGGUAAGUAAGGUUGCCCUUCUGCCUUCUUAAGUAAGUUGCAGGAGGGAGCUUUCCUCCUCUCUGGUUGGGAGCACUGAGGACAGUGAGGAGGGCUUUUACCUUGUUAAUCAUUUCCUUAUUUAGCUAGCUUUCCUUUUUGUCUAGGGCUUCCUCCUGAGACCCUCUUCCAUCCAUUGGGCCUUUGAAAUCAAGACUAAUGAGACACACAAACACACACACGUGCAUACUCAUGCACAUUUUCCUUCAUUUCCAUAUCCUUUAUUUCAGGGCAGCCCAUUUUCCUCUGGAUUCAUUGAUAAAUACAAAUACCCACACCUUUGACCAGUAUUGUUGGUUACCUGCAGGUUCUGUGUAUGAGGCCUUCAUGAAUGGUUACUUUCUCCAUACACUAGGGAAGCAUUUGUCAGAGUCUGCAGACUGGGUUCUAGAGAGGCAGAGUCUUUAAGAGUAUUCAUUUCUUCUGGAAAGUGGAGCUUUACCCAAAGUGAAAGUUAGCCUUGCUCAAAGAUGUGUUUUGUGGUAGUUGGUAAAAAAAAAAAAAAAAAAAGAAAGAAAGAAAGAAACACGUAUUGGAGGUAAUUUGACACUCCUGCUGGCAGUCGUUCUCUAUUCACCAUUUUAAAGCCCAUUCAGGUUCUGUCUUCCUGAAAAGAACUGAUUGCUGUGUUUACAUGAAAUGACGAUUGAUUGGAGUCAGAUGGUCUGUUUUAAAGAUUUCCAUGACAGCCUCUUUUCCUGAGUUGGAGAGAUUGGAGGUGGUCCAUCCGUACGAAGUGGAAUCAAACGGUGGGUUUCUUAGUAGCUAAAGAAGCCAUGUACUUACAGUGUUUUUCUCAGAAUAUCAACUCAUGUUCUUCAGAUGCUUUUCUUUUUUUAAUGAUGAGGGAAAAGGUGUAAUUUGGGAUUCCACAGUGCCUUGCAUAUAGUAGGCGCCCAAUAAAUACUUGUUGAAGCAAACCAAGUUUCCCAAGUCCUCAUCUCUUACAGUGACCAAGACAUCUUUCUCCUCUGAAGGGGUUGGCAGUUGUGGCUAAAAAAUAAGCAGUAUCAUUAUUUGCUUGAAAUCAUAUAUACAGUUUGUAUGAAUUUCAGUAUGUUGCCAAGACAUGCUCUUUUUCUUAUUGUAUUUUCUGUAAAUAUUUCUGGCACUGAACUGUAAAGUAAAGGCAAAGUGUAAAUAUGAAGGUGUACCCGUGCCCCUUGCCUCCUGUGUUUCAUCUUCGUCGGUUAGGGAAGAAAGUCCAGAGGUUUGUUUGUAUUUAUGCCGAUCCUUUGUCCAGAAGAAGCCCAUGGAAUAUUGAAUGUAAUACAUUUAGUCAAUUAAAUUUUAAGGAGAUUCUUAUCUAA